AUGCAUUUUCUAGUAGUUGUUGACUAUUACUUGAGGUAUCCGGAAGUUAAGCAGCUCACUGGAACAAAAUCAACGGAUAUCGUACUAGCACUGAAGGGUAUUUUCUCACAACUUGGGAUUCCCAAUGUACUGGUCACAGAUAAUGGACCACAGUGUGUGAGUGAGGACUUUAAGAUCUUCAGCAGCACUUAUCAGUUUAUGCAUGUAACAUCAUCUCCUAGACAUCCACAAGGAAAUGGACUGGCCAAAAAGACUGCGGGGACUGUCAAAGCCCUGAUUAAGAAGGCCUGGCAUGCAGGGGAAGAUCCACACUUGGGAUUGUUAGCAUAUAGAGCUGCAAAACAUGAAGCCAAUGGAGUGUCUCCUGGUCAAUUGUUAAUGGGGAGGAAGUUGCCAACUAUUGCUAGUCAAUUGAUUCCACAGUUGGUGGAUAAGUCUUCAGUGAGAGAGAAAGACAAGGGUAGCAAAGGAAGUAGGCGACAGAAUAUAACAGAAGACAUGGAGUGUGAUCCUUACUAG